AUUAUUUAUUUAAAAAUAUUAAUUACGGGUAUGAAUAACCAGAAAGACAACACUUUAGUUAAAGAUCUCCCCUUUAAACCAAAUAUAACAAAGCCAAGAUGGGACCAGUCGACUUUUGAAGGAAGAGCACGACAUUUCUUUGCAAUAGUAAAUCCACUCAAUCUUCUUGUCAGCUCUCAAAAAUUGGAACAAUGCCGAAAAAUUGUGUUAAAUUAUAGAAAGGGGGAUUUUCCUUCUGAUUUAACUGUUGAGGAACUUUGGUCAGCUAAAAAUAUUUACGAUUCUGCAUAUCACCCAGCAACUGGAGAUAAAAUGUUUAUCCUUGGACGAAUGAGUGCCCAAAUGCCGUGCAAUAUGAUUAUUACUGGAGGAUUAUUAAGUUUUUAUAGGUCAACGCCAGCAAUUGUUUUUUGGCAAUGGAUUAACCAAACAUUUAAUGCAGUAGCUAAUUAUACAAAUCGAUCAGGCGAUUCAGUUGGAACUAAACAAUUGAUGCAAGCAUAUUGCUGUGCUACUGGGGGUGCACUUACUGCUGCGUUGGGUUUAAGUGCAAUUUCUAAGAAAAUGCCACCAAUUUAUGGUCGCCUUGUUCCAUUUGUUGCUGUAGCAAUUGCAAAUAUGAUUAAUUGCCCAAUGAUGAGACAAAAGGAAUUUGUUGAAGGUUUAGAAAUAUUUGACGAGAACAACAACUCUCUUGGUUACAGCAAGAAUGCCGCUUAUCGAGCAGUCCCCCAAGUAGUUGUUAGUCGAGUUCUUAUGGCUACUCCAUAUAUGGUUCUCACUCCACUUAUUGUCAAUCAAUUAGUGAAGAAACGUUGGUUCAAUAGUCGGCCUUGGAUUUCUCCAAUUAUUCAAACACUUAUUUGUGGAUUUAUUUUGACAUUUUCUACACCAUUGUGUUGUGCUAUUUUCCCACAACAAAGUCCAAUGAAAUUUAACAAAUUGGAACCAGACUUGCAGAAGAAGAUUUUGGAAAAGGGAGGAGUGCCAUCUGGUUUUGUUUAUUAUAAUAAAGGACUUUGA